AUGUCUGUGCUCCAGCAGCCAGUGUUUGAGUCAGUCCAGCCAGGAGACUCUGUGACUCUGAACUGUACAAUACACAUUGAGACCUGUGUAGGACAACACAGUGUCUAUUGGUUCAGACAUGGCUCAGGAGAAUCCCAUCCAGGAAUCAUUUACACCCAUGGAGACAGGAGUGAUCAGUGUGAGAAGAUCCCUGAUGCUGGGUCUCCUACACAGAGCUGUGUCUACAAUCUCCCCAAGAGGAACCUCAGCCUCUCUGAUGCUGGGACUUACUACUGUGCUGUGGCCUCAUGUGGGGAGAUACUGUUUGGGAAACGGGACCAUGCUGGACAUUGACCGUAAGUGAUACUUCUGACAUUCAGUUAUAUUAAAAUCUAUAUAAUCAAAGUUCUUUAGAUUGUAGGCAAGGUAUCAUUCAAAUACCUUUGUUUUUCUAUAUCAUUCAGAUACUUUUGUUUUCCUAUAUCCUUCAGAUAUCUUUGUACAUGAGAGAAGAAAGUAUGACUCUCAGAUCAGGCAGAGUCUUGUUGGUGUCUUAAACAUUGUCACGGCUUUAUCCCUCAGUGUCUCAGUGUUUCUAUUCCUAUUUGAUAUUUCACAGAUGGUUGUAAGGAGGACCAUCUUCCUUUCAUGUACUUCCUGGGCGUAGCGUUGGGUCUGUGUGUCAUCCUCAUCAUUGUCCUUACUUGUGUUUUUUACAAGAUGAGCAAGUGCACAGGUAAGCAAAAUUAUUGUGCAUUAUACAGUAUGCUUAUCAAUUGUUGGUACAGUAACAUUAUUUUACAUGUUUUGGUCAAAAUUGGUCAUAAAGGCUCUUCGUUGUAUGAUGAUGAUGAUGAUUAUAUUGAUUAUUGUGUUUGAUUGAAAGGAACGCACCCUCAGCCAAGUGCUCCUGCAGUCCCCAGUCAUGAUAACCAGGUAACCUGACCUAACACUUGGUUAGCUGUUGCAGAAUCAAUGUAUUUUUCCUACAAUCAAAAUAUGAAAAUAUGCAUUAUAUUAGAAGGGUUGUUUCACAAUACCGCAAUACUUAGACUAAUAUAUAUUUUUUAAACAUUUAAACAUUUUUUUUUAGUCAUUUAGCAGACACUCUUAUCCAGAGCGACUUACAGGAGCAAUUAGGGUUAAGUGCCUUGCUCAAGGGCACCGACAGAUAUUAUUAUUAUUAUAUAUAUAUAUUUUUUUUUUCGCCUAGUCGGCUCGGGGAUUAGAACCAGCGACCUUUCGGUUACUGGCACAACGCUCUUAACCACUAACCACCUGCUACCAAAUAUUUUGAUUUUCAUUUUUGCUAUUCCUCUCAGGAUCAAGAGCCUGAUACUCUCCAUUACGCCGCUCUGAACGUCAUCCACCAGAAACCGAAGGCCGGGAGACAAAGGAGCGCUAUGGAGAGAGACACUGUGUACUCUGGGGUGAGACGCCAAAACAUGGACUGAAAUGUCAACCUUUCCUCUUUAAUAACUUGCAUUGAUUUAUUGUGUUCUACACUGUAUGCAUGUAUGACUGUGGCUUUUUCAUUGUAAGGUACAAUUACUUGUAUUUUGUCAAGCUCCUUUUUACAUUGAUACUGUUGUUCAAUUUUGAACAAAUAAAACAUUCAACUGCUUUCAUAUAGAGGUAUUGAUUGAUUUUCAUUCAUAUUUUUCUCUGUCCUUACAUUUAUACAACGCUUUAACCCACAUAUUCAGUGUGCAACAACCAUAUCAAGCCUAUGCUCAAUGUAAAGAAGAUGGUUGGCUGCAUAAUAACUGUUAAUAUGUAUCUAAUGCUGGUGUUUUAGCCUGUUAAAGUGUCUUAUUUUAGCUGUAUCUUGUUUCACAGCUCUCUGUGGUGUUAUGACUGCCCUAAAUAGAUUUUCCACUCACGUAAACUCAACUCUAACUCCCAGCAUGUCACGUUCGUCUAAUGACGGGUCAGACCAAGGCGCAGCGUGAUAUACGUACAUGUUUAUUAAACCAAAUAAACACAACGACAAAACAACAAACUAAACGAAACGUGAAGUCCAAGGUAGCGCGCGCACACAACAUACCUUACACGGAACAAGAUCCCACAACCCACUAGUGCCAAUAGGCUGCCUAAGUAUGAUCCCCAAUCAGAGACAACGAGCUACAGCUGCCUCUGAUUGGGAACCACACCGGCCAACAUAGAUAUACACAUAAUAGAUCCAAACAUAGAAAACACCACAAAGAAUAUACACACCCUGACUCAACAUUUAAGAGUCCCCUGAGUCAGGGCGUGACACAGCAAUGACCGUCAGUCCUCACCACACUCUCUUUUCACACACCAUCAAAACCACAAACAUCCAUGUCACUAAAAGCACAACUCUCUCUCUCCAUAAGAAAAGACUGAACUAAAAAUAAACUUCUUAGCUGAAUAUACUUUGAACAGAAUUGAUAUGGUUGAGAGACUGAUUUCAAAUAUGACAAUGUUCACAUAGUAACUGAGCAGUUUUCACAACCUAUUGACAAAAUGUGAAUAUGUAUAAGUGCACCUUGUAGGACUGCAAUCCAUUUCUUUUUCAACCGGGAGCAGCAGUGUACAUGGAAGUCCCCAUAACUGCCUCAACAGUAGAGUUGGCAGCAACAUGUAGUUGUCAAAAUGUUUAAAAUGUUCACUAAUUUGAUGAAGUAUCAUUGACAACUUGCUUUUCUGUGAUAGUUCAUGUGUCUAGCCGAAAUAGCAGUCAAGUAAAUGCCAAAAAAGACAAUGUGUGGCAAUGAAGAAUCUAUAACAAUGUAAUAUAGUUAUUAAAUGCUUAUUACAGAUCUAUAACAUGUUAGAAAUAAUUUACAGUUGCUUUAAGUAGCAACCAUCUAAAAAGCCAGGCAGUCAUCAUCACUGGAUCAUUACUACUAACCUCAACAUAGUUAUAAUAAAGUGUAACUUAGUAACAAGGAGCAACAAUCACUCAAAAUGGAACAGGUAGUAGAGUGAUCUGUAUGAUGAAGACAAUGACUCAUGUGUUUGAGUGUGUAGUUUUGUAAUUGAGUUCCAGGGAGUCUUUGCAUUAGUAAGGCAACAAACCUAUUUUUCAAGUCAUAUCUCCUCUAAAAUGUCUUGACCUUCUUUUAGAUGUGUUGAUCGCAUGACACUCACAUCCACCCACACACAGCUAACAAGUUCACAGGUACUUGCGAUCUGCUCUAAGUACAAGGCCAUAUCUAGGCUUUGGUCAGGCCUGCUGGCCUUGUACACACAGGACCCUCCUACCUGCUCUCUGUGUCUCUGUGGUUUUCAGCAGGAUGUCUAUCUGGUGUCAGUCUGUUGUUUUCACAUUUGUUGCUGUUGUUCAUGUUCCUACUGACAGCUUGCAGUCACAGCAAACCAGUUCUUUAUAAACUUACUCUGAUAUACAGUGCCCUCCACAAUUAUUGGCACCCCUGUUUAAGAUGUUGUCGAGGACUUCCAAAAAUUCUCCUUUUUUUUUUAACAACAUAGAACCCAAAUGCAAAAAAAGAGAAAAAUCCAAACUUUUAUUUAAGUACAUUACUUUGGUGUAAAAAAAAAAAAUCACACAUUUAGAAAAAAAAAACUUGAAAUCAUGUGUCCCACAAUUAUUGGCACCCCUGAUGUUAAUACUUUGUACAACCCCCUUUUGCCAACAAGACAGCACUUAAUCUCCUCCUAUAACAUUUCACAAGAUUGGAGAACACAGAGAGAGGGAUCUUUGACCAUUCUUCUUUGCACAAUCUUUCUAGAUCAUCCAGUUUCCUGGGUCCUCUCUUAUGCACUCUCCUCUUUAGCUCGCCCCACAGGUUUUCGAUUGGGUUGAGGUCUGGGGACUGAGAUGGCCAUGGGAGGACCUUGAGUUUGUGACUGCUGAACCAUUUUUGUGUAGAUUUUGCCACAUGUUUUGGAUCAUUAUCCUGCUGAAAGACCCAAUGACGACCCAUCUUCAGCUUUCUGGCAGAGGCCAUCAGGUUUUUAUUUAAAAUGUCCUGGUAGUUCAAAGCGUUCAUAAUGCCAUGCACCCUAACAAGGUUCCCAGGGCCUUUGGAAGAGAAACAGGCCCACAGCAUCACAGAUCCUCCACCAUACUUCACGGUGGGCAUGAGGUGCUUUUCGGCAUACUCAUCUUUUGUUUUACGCCAGCCACUUAGAGUGUUUGUUGCCAAAAAGCUCAAUCUUAGUCUCAUCUGACCAAAGCGCACGAUCCCAGUUGAAGUCCCAGUGCCGCUUAGCAAACUCCAGACGUUUACGUUUGUGAGUGUUAGUGAGAAAAGGCUUUUUCCUUGCAUGCCUCCCAAACAGCUUGUUGGCAUGUAGAGAGAGUCUGAUGGUUGUUUUGGAGACUUUGUGACCCCAAGAUGCCACUCUUUGAUGCAAUUCUGUGACAGUGAGCUUAGGACUUUUUUUUACUUCUCUUACCAUCCUCCUCACUGUGCGUUGUGGCAAGAUAAACUUGGGACCUCUUCCAGCCUUGUGUGUCACUGUUCCAGUUGUUUUAAACUUCUUAAUGAUUCCUCUGAUUGUAGAUACGGGCAAGUUAAGGCGAGUGGCUAUUUUCUUGUAGCCAUUGCCUGACUUAUGAAGGUCGACACAAAUCUGCCUUACUUGAAUGGUGUGUUCUCUUGUCUUUGCCAUGUUGACAAAUGGGUAAGAUAAUUAGGCCUCUGUGUCACGUCAUAUUUAUACCCCAGGGAAACAGGAAGUCAUGAAUUACUAAUUAAAAGUUCCUAGAUACCCUGACCAACUUUAGCAACUACAGAAAAAUAUAUUUAAAAAAAAAUCAAUUACAAUUUUCAGCGGAAUUGUUAGGGGUGCCAAUAAUUGUGGGACACAUGAUUUCAAGUUUUUAUUUUCUAAAUGUGUGAUUUUUUUUUUUACCUUCAAAGUAAUGUACUUAAAUAAAAGGUUGAAUUUUUCUAUUUUUUUGCAUUUGGGUUCUAUGUUGUUUAAAAAAAAAUAGAAUUUUUGGAAGUCCUCGACCACAUCUUAAACAGGGGUGCCAAUAAUAGUGGAGGGCACUGUAUAUAGUUAUCUGAAAUCAGUUACAAACCACAAAGAACUGCUCAUGAAAUCUAUUUGAACUCUCCGAGUUAAGCAUCUCAUGUCAUGUGUAAUACAGCACCAUCUAUACUAUAUCUAUGGGCUCAGGGGGAGGGGCCUUUUUAUGAUGAUGUCAUGGCAGAAAUAGUACCUUCUCAAUCAGUCAAGUGUUCUAGGACUUCUGCAGGGUUCUCUGUAAGGAGACCAAUAGAGGAGGAUUCUCCUUCUGAUAGAUUGCCUCCUAUGAGAACCACACUAACCAGACAGUGAUACAGAGUGGAUAAAGUGUGUCGUAUAUUGGUUAUAUUAGGCUGGGGUGUCCAAUCAGUCAUGCACUCUUAGGUGUUACAUUUUAGUUAGUGCAUGUUUCUGUGAAUGAUAGGGAAUGAGACUGACAUACAAUUGACUUGUUUCAUUCUAUAGUUGUUUAUCUCAUAUACACUCCCACAGCUCCCACAUGUUCGUCAUUUAGAAGAUGCUCUUAUCCAGAGCAAAUUACCGGAGCAAGUAGGGUUAAGUGCCUUGCGCAUGGGGACAUGCACUGAUUUUUCACCUAGUUGGUGCGGGGAUUUGAACUAGCGACCUUUCGGUUACUGUCCCAAUGCUCUUAACCGCUAGACAGGACAAUAUAUGUUCUAUGUAUAACAGCCCUCCUAUGGGUCAUCUGGAGUACUGUAACUGUUGAAUGACUGUUGAAAUAAUAAUCGUUUUCUUUCAAAUAAUUUAGGUACACUUGGUUUUGCUGGUCUUCUGCAAUGGAGGCAAGAUAAAUCAAGUGUAACUAAAGUAAGUGUAGAAAACGAAUAGUCUACUAUUUUGACCCAGUGUUCUCCAGAGAGGUGAGAAAACUAAUAGUCUACUAUUUUGACCCAGUGUUCUCCAGAGAGGUGAGAAAACUAAUAGUCUACUAUUUUGACCCAGUGUUCUCCAGAGAGGUGAGAAAACGAAUAGUCUACUAUUUUGACCCAGUGUUCUCCAGAGAGGUGAGAAAACUAAUAGUCUACUAUUUUGACCCAGUGUUCUCCAGAGAGGUGAGAAAACUAAUAGUCUACUAUUUUGACCCAGUGUUCUCCAGAGAGGUGAGAAAACGAAUAGUCUACUAUUUUGACCCAGAGUUCUCCAGAGAGGUGAGAAAACUAAUAGUCUACUAUUUUGACCCAGUGUUCUCCAGAGAGGUGAAAAACGAAUAGUCUACUAUUUUGACCCAGUGUUCUCCAGAGAGGUGAGAAAAUAAACCACGAAACAAGUAAAACCUUCAAGACAGUUACUUACAUUCUACAGCAUCCUGUGUCUCAGUGAGUCCAGCCAGUAGACUGUGUGACUCUGUAGGGUGCAAUAGACCACAAGACCAUGGUCGUCUGAAUCAGGCGUUAACAAAGAAGAUUGGUUCCAGUUCAACCAAUCAAAUCAAAUCAAAUCAAAUUUGCCCAUUGUUGAAGUGUUAUACAUGUGUAGACUUUCUCCACGCAAGAUGAUAUAUUCAAUGAUGGUGUCCCUGUUUAUGAUAUUUCUAAUUCUGAAACAAAUUGUUAAGUUAUAUAACUUUACCAAGGACUUCAAUGGGACUAAUCGUCUGAAUGUGAAAAGAGGAGUUGACAGCUUUAACCUGACCAUCUCCAAGACACAGUUAGGGGACUCAGCUACAUACUACUGCGGUGCUAUUGAAGUGGGCAAAGUCAAAUUUGGACAAGGAGCUGUUUUGAUUGUCAAAGGUAAACUAACUUAGUUCUUUAUUUUGGAAGUUCAUUUUGCAGCCAUGAAAUUCUAAAUAUACAUUAGAAAUGGUAUAUUGUAAUUGUAAAUAAAUCUAGCAGGACAUUAAUCAUGAUAUUAAUCUGUCACUCUUUUCAGAUUUAGAGUCCAACAGCAUGUCUGUGCUCCAGCAGCCUGUGUCUGAGUCAGUCCAGCCAGGAGACUCUGUGACUCUGAACUGUACAAUACACACUGAGACCUGUGUAGGAGAACACAGUGUCUAUUGGUUCAGACAUGGCUCAGGAGAAUCCCGUCCAGGAAUCAUUUACACCCAUGGAGAAAGGAGUGAUCAGUGUGCGAAGAGCCCUGAGGCUGGGUCUCCUACACAGAGCUGUGUUUACAACCUCCCCAAGAAGAAACUCAGCCUCUCUGAUGCUGGGACUUACUACUGUGCUGUGGCCUCAUGGGGAGAUACUGUUUGGGAACGGGACCAAGCUGGACAUUCAAGGUAGGUUUUUUAUAUAUUUUACUAAUCUACUGUGUAGAAUAUACAUUUACUUGCUGUUCUACAUUUACAUUUACAUUUCAGUCAUUUAGCAGACGCUCCUAUCCAGAGCGACUUACAGUUAGUGCAUACAUUACAUUAUUAUUUUUAUAUAUAUAUUUUUCAUACCCCCCGUUCUGAGUGUCCUCAAAUAAUGUUUGAAUCUCCACAGGCCGUAGGGCAGACCCUCUUCUCUUGGAGUACUGCCUGGGUGUAGCAUUGGCUUUCUCCUUAAUCCUGAUCAUUGUCCUUGCUUGCAUCAUGUAUAAAAUGAACCAGAGAAAGUGUCUGCAGUGCAGAGGUAAGUUACUUUUUCUUAGAGGUUGCUCUUCUUUAAUAUUACCAUCUCUGGAUGUAUCUGUAGUGGAAGAAGGGACUGUAUCUUUAUCUUUGGGGUAUUUCCUUUCAGGACCCGUCUCUAUGACAACAUGUCCAUCAGUCUCUUCUACAGAUGCAGGGGUAAGUAGAAUUCCUUCCAUUUUGUAUUACCAUAAAAAUAUGUAUGAAAAUGUUUAUAGUGAAUAAUAACAUAUAGUAAUAUUUCUCCUUCCCCCCUUUAUAAUUGUUUCUCACAGGCCCAAGAUGCAGACAAUCUCCAUUACGUAGCUCUGAAUCUGAGAAACAAGAAGAACAGGUCUGGAAGACAGAGAAGCCAAAUGGAGGAAGAGACAGUGUAUGCUGGGAUCAGACAGUAGAACUGGAUGAAUGAAACAGUCCAAUGAAUUAGCUUUUUAUUAACUCUCACUUUAUUAACAUUAUUAGCUGAAUUACUGUAACUAAUAAUUACUGUAGCUACUUGAAUUAAGUGCAUUGCUUCUCUGAAAAACUAAUUUUGCUUGUGAUAAUAUCAAUAAAGCAUUUAACAGCAGUCAAGACAAAGGAAGUUGAAUGUAUUUAUUUAGGCCAUACUCAGGAAUCUUUAAAGGUGAAAUAUGCAGAAAUCGCUACGCCAUUUCCUGGUUGCUAAAAUUCUAAUAGUUUGCCUAAUUUCAGUUUAUGUGACAAAACAACCAAUGCAUAGUGUAGAGAAUCAUUGUACCAUCUAAACCGCUGUGAAAUAUAUUUUCAAUAACCAAAAAUAUUGUAUUUUCAGCUGUUUAAAACUGCUGUACAAAACCGAAAGUAAAAGAUGCAAAAACAAAACUUAAGAACAGAAAGCUUAGAAAUAGUGCACUUAGAUCAGAACUACCGCUUCUUAGACUUGCAUUAAUUGAGAAUGACACAUCUAUAACUCACAUUUCUAUUGGUCAGGUCGCCCAAAAAGUUACAUAUUGCAGCUUUAAUUUGUAGUGUUAAACCGUUUUUUCUCUUCUCAGUAACACACCCUCAAUCACACAGCAACCUAUUUACAGUUAGUUUGCGGUCAGUGAUGAACACAAGAUGAGGAUGUAUCUAUGCUUUGUUAGGGCCUGCUGGCUUUGAACAUAGGACCCUCUGCUCUCUUUCUUUCUCUCUGCUGUUGCUCUCUCUCUCUCUCUCUCUCUCUCUCUCUCUCUCCUCUCUGCUCUCUCUCUCAUCUCUCUCUCUCUCUUCUCAUCUCCUUCUCUCUCCUCUCUCCGUCUCUCUUCUCCUCUCUCUCCUCAAUCUCUCUCUCUCCCCUCGAUCCUUUCCUCUCUCUCUGUGGUUUUCAGACAUGGAUGUCUCAGAACUCUUAGCUCUCUCCAUACCGUAGGCUAUACCACUUGCUCUUCAAGUUGACCCACUUUAACAACAGUCAAAACCAAACUCUUUUUGAUGAGGCAGCUUAUCUACUAUACAUAGUCUACUGAAAUCUGUGGAAAAAACACAAUGAGCUAUUUAUGAGGUAGGUUAAUUUCACCUAGAUUCUGUAGUUUCUAGUCAAAACACAACACAGUUUUAACUGUGAAGAAAGAAUUGAUCAUCACCUAUAGGCCUAGAGAGGAAUCUGCCUCCUCAAUACAAAAUCAUGGGAAUGGGAUUCUAUCCAUCCAAAUCCAUCGAGUGUAAAUCCUGGAAUUAGAGAUUUUUUUACCAGAGAUGUUUUUUAGUGAGGUGAUAUGGACCGUGGUGAUAGAAGCCCUAGUGCAUAUAUGUUGUAUGUCAUGUUUUUUAAUACAUGUGAUUGCUGGUACUGAGUCCUCAUCACAAACUUCAGGACAGUGGGUCAUAUCCAGCCAAUGUUGGAAGACUCAGUGAUUGUGGCACUGCUUUCUAUGAAGGCCACCUGGAACUGCAUAUCUCCUGGUACCAAGCAAACCCUUGAGAGAAGCUUCAACUCUUAUCAACCGUCGAUAAGUUUGACAGGAACGCAACAUUUUACCAUGAGUUUAAGGAUAACCCUCGCUUCUCAGUGGAAAAUGGCCAAGAAAAGAAUCACCUAAGGAUCUCAGACAUGCAGCAUAGAAAUAGCGCCCUUAGAACAGAACUACCGCUUCUUAGACUUGCAUUAAUUGAGAAUGACACAUCUAUAAUUCACAUUUCUAUUGGUCAGGUCGCCCAAAAAGUUACAUAUUGCAGCUUUAAUUUGUAGUGUUAAACCGUUUUUUUCUCUUCUCAUGCCAGUAACACACCCUCAAACACACAGCAACCUAUUUACAGUUAGUUUGCGGUCAGUGAUGAACACAAGAUGAGGAUGUACAGUGGGGGAAAAAAGUAUUUAGUCAGCCACCAAUUGUGCAAGUUCUCCCACUUAAAAAGAUGAGAGAGGCCUGUAAUUUUCAUCAUAGGUACACGUCAACUAUGACGGACAAAAUGAGGAAAAAAAAUCCAGAAAAUCACAUUGUAGGAUUUUUUAUGAAUUUAUUUGCAAAUUAUGGUGGAAAAUAAGUAUUUGGUCAAUAACAAAAGUUUCUCAAUACUUUGUUAUAUACCCUUUGUUGGCAAUGACACAGGUCAAACGUUUUCUGUAAGUCUUCACAAGGUUUUCACACACUGUUGCUGGUAUUUUGGCCCAUUCCUCCAUGCAGAUCUCCUCUAGAGCAGUGAUAUUUUGGGGCUGUCGCUGGGCAACACGGACUUUCAACUCCCUCCAAAGAUUUUCUAUGGGGUUGAGAUCUGGAGACUGGCUAGGCCACUCCAGGACCUUGAAAUGCUUCUUACGAAGCCACUCCUUCGUUGCCCGGGUGGUGUGUUUGGGAUCAUUGUCUUGCUGAAAGACCCAGCCACGUUUCAUCUUCAAUGCCCUUGCUGAUGGAAGGAGGUUUUCACUCAAAAUCUCACGAUACAUGGCCCCAUUCAUUCUUUCCUUUACACAGAUCAGUCGUCCUGGUCCCUUUGCAGAAAAACAGCCCCAAAGCAUGAUGUUUCCACCCCCAUGCUUCACAGUAGGUAUGGUGUUCUUUGGAUGCAACUCAGCAUUCUUUGUCCUCCAAACACGACGAGUUGAGUUUUUACCAAAAAGUUAUAUUUUGGUUUCAUCUGACCAUAUGACAUUCUCCCAAUCCUCUUCUGGAUCAUCCAAAUGCACUCUAGCAAACUUCAGACGGGCCUGGACAUGUACUGGCUUAAGCAGGGGGACACGUCUGGCACUGCAGGAUUUUAGUCCCUGGCGGCGUAGUGUGUUACUGAUGGUAGGCUUUGUUACUUUGGUCCCAGCUCUCUGCAGGUCAUUCACUAGGUCCCCCCGUGUCGUUCUGGGAUUUUUGCUCACCGUUCUUGUGAUCAUUUUGAAAACAUGGGGUGAGAUCUUGCGUGGAGCCCCAGAUCCAGGGAGAUUAUCAGUGGUCUUGUAUGUCUUCCAUUUCCUAAUAAUUGCUCCCACAGUUGAUUUAUUCAAACCAAGCUGCUUACCUAUUGCAGAUUCAGUCUUCCCAGCCUGGUGCAGGUCUACAAUUUUGUUUCUGGUGUCCUUUGACAGCUCUUUGGUCUUGGCCAUAGUGGAGUUUGAAGUGUGACUGUUUGAGGUUGUGGACAGAUGUCUUUUAUACUGAUAACAAGUUCAAACAGGUGCCAUUAAUACAGGUAACGAGUGGAGGACAGAGGAGCCUCUUAAAGAAGAAGUUACAGGUCUGUGAGAGCCAGAAAUCUUGCUUGUUUGUAGGUGACCAAAUACUUAUUUUCCACCAUAAUUUGCAAAUAAAUUCAUUAAAAAUCCUACAAUGUGAUUUUCAGGAUUUUUUUUUCUCAUUUUGUCUGUCAUAGUUGACGUGUACCUAUGAUGAAAAUUACAGGCCUCUCUCAUCUUUUUAAGUGGGAGAACUUGCACAAUUGGUGGCUGACUAAAUACUUUUUUCCCCCACCGUACAUAGGGACCCUCUGCUCUCUUUCUUUCUCUCUGCUGUUGUUCUCUCUCUCUCUCUCUCUCUCUCUCUCUCCCUCUAGUCUUCCCUCUCUCAUCUCUCCACCCUCUUCUCUCUCCUCUCUCUCUCCUCUCUGCUGUUGUCUCUCUCUCCUCUCUCUCUCUCUCCUCUCUCUCCUCUCUCUCCCUCUUCUCAUCUCCCUCUCUUCCUCUUCUCUCUCUCCUCUCUCUUCCUCCUCUCCUCUCUCUCUCUCUCUCCUCUCUCUCUCUGUGGUUUUCAGACGGAGUCUCAGAAAUCUUAGCUCUCUCAUACCGUAGGCUAUACUACUUGCUCUUCAAGUUGACCAUUUUAACAACAGUAAACCAACUCUUUUGAUGAGGCAGCUUAUCUAUACAUAGUCUACUGAAAUCUGUGAAAAAACACAAUGAGCUAUUUAUUUAAUCAUUUGACCUAGAUCUGUAGUUCUUAGUCAAACACAACACAGUGUUAACUGUGAAGUAUUAUCAUCACCUAUAGGCCUAGAGGAAUCUGCCUCCUCAAUAACAAAAUCAUGGGAAGGGAUUCUAUCCAUCCAAUCCAAUCGAGUGUAAAUCCUGAAUUAGAGAUUUUUUUCCAGAGAUGUUUUUAGUGAGGUGAAGUGACCGUGGUUAUAGAAGCCCUAGUGGAUAACAGUGUCAUAGCCUGCACGUUCCGAACAAGUUCACAACUAUGAGUGUCUUGACGUAAACAACAGUAGCUGUAGUGAUAAAGAAUAAGGGAUGCCAAACUUGAAUGAUUAUUACUAAAUUUGUACUAAAUAUAUAAGGAUAAGAAUAUACCUAUAAUAAAAUAUUUGUGUGUCUGAUUCAGUCCAACCACGAGACUCAGUUACUCUGUACAAUGUGAAGAAGAUUGUCUUAACGGAAUAAGGUGUCAACAAAAAUGAUGCGUCCAGUUCGACCAAUCAUCUGUAACUCCAUUGUUGAAGUGUUGUCUACAUAGGUGGACUUUUUCCACUCAAGACAGGUUGUGAGGAGGAUGACAACUUCAAAGAUGAUCACACUGUGUCUGAUAUUUCCACUUCUUGUAGAGAUAGGUAAGUCCAACUUUUAUAUUUCUCUGCUUAUGUGAUGUCCACCUUUGAUUUGGAUGCAUGAGAUAUCACAUUUAAUACUUUACAGCAACUUUGAAUAUUCUAAGUUGUAUUUGGGGUAUGUAACAGCAAAUAUGUUGUAUUGUUCAUGUUCUUUAAUACAUGUGGUAGCUGGUACUGAGUCCUCAUCCAAACUUCAGGACAGUGUUCUCAUAUCAGCCAACGUUGGAGAUGCAGUGAUUGUGCACUGCUUCUAUGAAGGCCACAUGGACAUGCUGUCACGCCCUGGCUCUGGGACUCUGUUAUGUUGAGCCAGGGUGUGUAGUUUCUAUAAUUUUGUGUUCUAGGUUCAUUAUCUAGCUGAUGUGUUUUCUAUGUUGGCCGGUAUGGUUCUCAAUCAGAGGCAACGUGAAUCAGCUGUUGAUUGUUGUCUCUGAUUAGGAACCAUACUUAGGCAGCCUGUUUUGCCACAGUGUUUGUGGGAUCUUGUUCCGUGUAUGGUUAGUGUCUGUUACCAAGGACGUCACGUAUCGUUUUGUUGUUUUGUUUCGUGUGGAAAUAAAUAAGUAUGUUCGCAAAUCACGCUGCGCAUUGGUCCACUGUGUAUGACGAUCGUGACAGAAGAUCCCACCAUAACUGGACCAAGCAGCGUGUCCAGGAGCCAACGCCAGAGGUGAAUCUAGCGGAUAUCCACCUCGACUGGGUCAAGCAGCGUGUCCAGAAGCCAACGCCAGAGAGGACUCUAGCGGAUAUCCACCUCGACUGGGUCAAGCCGCGUGAGAAGGAGAGAGGUUGGACUUGGGAGCAGAGGCUGGAGAGUCUGGCGAGAGCCAUGGAGGCCAUAGCCACGGGGGAGAGACGAACCCAAUACAUUUUUAGGGGGGGGCUCACACCGUGGACGACGGGACUGCUGGAGGCAGAUAAGGGGCGAGUUAGUGGACGAGGAGAGAAGGCCACCGGGUUACGGGAGCCAUUGGCGAGUCGGGGGAAGGAGAAUGUAGAGGCACGGCGAGAGGUACUGAGGUGUGUUGCCAGUCCGGUCUGGCCCGUUCCUGAUCCCCGGGUAAGGUCAGUGGUGUGUGUUCCCAGUGCGGUCCGGCCUGUUCCUGUCCCUCGCACCAAGCCUGUGAUGCACGUCGCCAGCCUGGUCCGGCCUGUUCCUGCCUCUCGCACCAAGCCUACGGUGCGCGUCGCCAGCCCGGCCCGGCCUGUUCCUGCUCCCCGCACCAAGCCAAUGGUGCGCGUCGCCAGCCCGGCCCGGCCUGUUCCUGCUCGCCGCACCAAGCCAAUGGUGCGCGUCGCCAGCCCGGCCCGGCCUGUUCCUGCUCCCCGCACCAAGCCUGUGGUGCGCGUCGCCAGCCCGGCCCGGCCCGUUCCUGCACCCCGCACCAAGCCUGUGGUGCGCAUCGUCAGCCCGGUUCGGCCCGUCCCUGCUCCCCGCACCAAGCCUGUGGUGCGCAUCGUCAGCCCGGUCCGGCCCGUCCCUGCUCCCCGCACCAAGCCUGUGGUGCGCUUCGUCAGCCCGGUUCGGCCCGUCCCUGCUCCCCGCACCAAGACUGUGGUGCGCGUCGUCAGCCCGGUCCGGCUCGUUCCUGCUCCCCGCACCAAGCCUGUGGUGCGCGUCGUCAGUCCGGCACAGCCCGUGCCUGGGUCACCGGUGCCUGGUCAGGUACCGGUCAGCUGCUCCACAUCGGAGCCUAAGCAAUCCGCUCCACCGAUGUCCAGUCCAGCUCCAGCCGGCGGGGCCAGACCGGACCAGGGGCGCUACGGGGGGAUUGUUGGAGGGUGGUGGUCAAGCCCGGAGCCGGAACCGCCUCCGAGGAGGAAAGCCCACCCGGCCCUCCCCUGUUCGGUUUAUGUUUGGCGCGGUCGCAAUCCGCGUCUUUGGGGGGGGGGGGUACUGUCACGCCCUGGCUCUGGGGACUCUGUUAUGUUGAGCCAGGGUGUGUAGUUUCUAUGAUUUUGUGUUCUAGGUUCAUUAUCUGGCUGAUGUGUUUUCUAUGUUGGCCGGUGUGGUUCUCAAUCAGAGGCAACGUGAAUCAGCUGUUGAUUGUUGUCUCUGAUUGGGAACCAUACUUAGGCAGCCUGUUUUGCCACAGUGUUUGUGGGAUCUUGUUCCGUGUAUGGUUAGUGUCUGUUACCAAGGACGUCACGUAUCGUUUUGUUGUUUUGUUUCGUGUGGAAAUAAAUAAAUAAGUAUGUACGCAAAUCACGCUGCGCAUUGGUCCACUGUGUAUGACGAUCGUGACACAUGCAUUUCUCCUGGUACAAGCAACCCUUGGGAGAUAAGCUUCAACUCUUAUCAAACGUAUAUAAGUUUGACAGGAAGGCAACAUUCUACCAUGAGUUUAAGGAUAACCCUCGCUUCUCAGUGGAAAAUGGCCAAGAAAAUAAUCACCUAAGGAUCUCAGACAUGCAGCUCUCUGAUUCAGGCACAUACUACUGUGGAAGUGCUUAUGGCAACAAGGUGGAGUUUGGAGAAGGAGCCAUUCUCAUAGUAAAAGGUACGUUUUUGAAAAACUUAAUUUACAGAUAUGCAGUAUUAUCUUAAUCAGAUGAGAUGUUGAGUUUGUACACUUUCUACAGUAAUAUUCUAGAGAUUAAAUGGGUUAUUUGAACUUCUUGUCAGGAUCAGGGUCCAGAAACAUGUAUGUGCUCCAGCAGCCUGUGUCUGAGUCAGUCCAGCCAGGAGACUAU